UCGUGUCAUGCUGCAGACAGAUAACUCGAUGGUGACAGUCACCGAGAGUUUGCCGGCGUUCGGUCCUUCCAUAGAGGGCAGGACUGUGCCGUCGCCUACGCUUGUGAGGGUUGCGGGACUCGGAAACGUCGGAAACUCGUGCUUUCUCAACAGCGUGCUGCAGGUGUUACGCUACACUCCAAGUCUCUCUCACAACCUGCACAAGCUAUUAAACGCGAUGAGGGAGAGCGAGCUCCAUGAAGCAGAGGUGACAGACCAUGAUGGAUGUGGUGACGGGCCCUCACUCAGCAGCAGGACUGCCGUGUGGAUGCUGGUAGAACGCAUUCUCGACCUGUUUGCAGAGAUGGACAGCGUGGAGAAGAACAACUCUCUGAGCUUCGUCGUGUACCCUCGCAGACUUCUCGAGACCCUCAGGGAGCUAAAUCCUCUCUAUGAAGGUAACUUACAACACGAUGUGCAAGAACUAUUGCAUUGUCUACUCGGAUAUCUGCAGGACACGUGCGAACAGGUCCUUGGUACCCAGCAGCAGAAUCACUGUCUGCCAGAUGGCAGCACCGGCACCGAGAACGGCCACGACGACAAGAAGUCGGGUGAUUGCGGCAACGACGUCGACGACACGACGUCGAUCGAGACGCUGGAGGAACAAGAGAACAUCACGAGGCUCGAGAACUGCUCUCUGUCCGCGGCGCCGCGACCGGCCGUCGCCGGCGCCCCCGUCAAACGCUACGGUAUGUCGCGCAGCGCCAUCAAGCUCGAUGCUCCCCCGAGCGACACAGUGGCGCCACCUGCCAUGAACGGCAGCGCGGACACCGGCGUCGAUGCCGAGACGAAGCCCCUUGAUGUCCCUUCGACAAAGUUCUGUUCUGUGCGUCUGGAAAAGAUGGCGAGCGGUGGCGGCGGGGCGGCGGCGCGCCACGGCAAGCCCGGCCGGCCAGGCCCGACACUGAAGCGACGACGGGCGAUGCCAGUGUCGUCGCGCCGCAAGAGCAUGCGCCUCAUCAGCGACUUCUACAGUCCUCCGGGCGACAGCGGCUACGCGCCGCAGAGCGACGGAAGCGUCGGAGGAGGAGGAGGAGGAGCGCCGGAGAAGGAAGGCGUGAGGCUGGAGAGGCUGCGGAUGCUGGGAGAAGCCAUACAUGGAACGUUCCACGGGCAGAUGCUGUUCCGCACGCGCUGCUCAGAGUGCGAGACGUACACGGAGCGUCACGAGGCCUUCCAGGAGAUCGGGAUUCAGGUGCAGCAGGGAUCGGAUCACAGCCAGCUGCAGGAGGAAGACGACGACAUCAUUGGACCUGACGACGAGAACUGGAUCGCGUCGUGCAUCCACGAGGUGGAGACGUUGCGCGACGACUGCAAGUACUUCUGCAACGUGUGCCAGUGCUACUGCGAGGCCCAGCGCUUUCUGCGAUACGCUCGGCUCCCGCGCAUGCUCUCGUUGCAGCUCAAGCGAUUUGCACUCAACACGGGGCUCCUCGGUGGCAUCAGCAAGCUGAAUAACUACGUGACGACGCCGCUGCGUCUGCCGUGUCCCGCCUACGCCUGCCAGAGCUCCCCCGGCCACCACGCGAUCAGAGAAUACGAAACUGCGUGCGCGCACCAGUACGAACUCUACGCCGUCAUCAUGCACCAGGGUAUCUCUCUGCUCUCCGGCCACUACGUCGCCUACGUCAGGGCGCCCCCGGGCGGCGGCGACCCGGGCUUUGGGGACGAAAGCGAGCUGUGCGCGCCGCGCCCGGGGUCGCCGCUCGUCGCCGAUGCGUUCGCGCCGAGCGCCGAACGUGCGUGCGGCGACGGCGGCGCCACCUGCAACGGCAGCACGAACGGGUUCGAGCGCGGGGCGGCGGCCGACCGCAGCGGCGAUCCCAUGUGGUACGAGUGCGACGACGACAGCGUGUCGGAGCUCUCCCAGGCACAGUUCCUGCGCAUCCUGUCGGGAGAGGGCGCCGGCUCCAUGACGCCCUACCUGCUCUUCUACGUGUGCACCGAGCGGCAGACGUGAGUGGCGGCGGCCAUCUUGGAACUCGCGAUGUUGUUUUCAGGAAUAUUUUAUUAUCGUUCGAGAAACGCGGUGCGCGUCGGAUAGCGUCGUUGUUAUCCGUGCGCUAAUCUGCCACCGAAUAGUUUGUUUGGGAGUGUGUUGCCUGCGCCGCGAUCUUGUGUUGGUGCAACGAGAUGCUGGGAGCCCUCUGGGAGAGCUUUCGUUACGGAGCAAAUAAGUUUGUGCGAGGAACUCCAUUCUCGAUUGGUUCUGCAUCCAAAAGGUUCAUCUAUUGUUUUGUUUUGUUGGUGCGGGUCAAAGGCAUUCCUGUUUUCUAGUGAGGGGCAGAGAUGUAAUGUGGUUUCUGUGAGUCGGUCUCGUGACGGUUUUGAAAGAAAUGCUUGCUUGGGGUUCUUGCCGAUGACAGGCGUAUAUCGUUUUGUGCGUGUAAAGUGUACAAAAAAGAAUAUUUUGAAAAAGUCCUGGCACUUGUUAAUAGUCAGUGUCGCAUUUGUAUUUAUAUAGGGUUGCGACCGCCAUAAUAUCUCAUGCUGUUUUUCUUGCUGGGCCUAAACGAGUUUAGCAGACAAUGUAGUUCCCAUUUUGUAUUUUUUAUAUAAUGCACACAGGUACCUGAUGUAGAUAAUUGCAGUAAAACGUCACACGUGGGCUGUUUUUCAGCAGAACAUGUGCAUCGAGUGGUACAAUGUGUCUGAAUUCACAAAAUUACUGGCACGGCAAUCUCUAGGGAUAUAUCUCACUAUCACCAACAUCACUAAUGCUUACCUUUAAACAGGUGAGAAUGUGAUUUAAGUGGUCAAGAAGCCAGGGAUAAGAUUAUCGUAGGCCCGAGUUUAGAAACACCAAAGAUGCGGAGUGCAUCUAAAUGAACCUCCAAGUUCUGUUGUGUUAUUGUCAAGUAUAUUAUAGUAUUAAUAAAUAUUACAUUUCGACAUAGGAUUACGAUUGUA